GCUCGUUCUCCGUCAUCCUCUUUCUUCUUGUCUCACCUCCCCUUUCGCUUCCACCGUCCCCAUUCAUUCCCAUUACUCUCGGGCUUUCUUCCCCGUCCGUGUUCCCUUUCUUCUACUCCUUCUCCCUCUUCCUUCUCCCCCCACCCCCCCAUCUCUUCUCUCUCGUCUCCUUCCUCCUUCCCUCUCUCCUAAUCCUUCCUCGACAGAAGUUGAGCUGUGCUCCCUCGGUCAGCCACCAUGUCCUCUCCUCCGUCCGGCAAACGCAAGCGCAGUGGCUCCCAACACCUCCCUACGGCCGUUCCUGCGCCUGCAGAUCUUUUGCAACCCUCGUCCCGCGAUGCGUCCGGCGAGGAAGGCGACGACUCCACCGGCCCAGCAAUCCCACUGCCCAGCCCCAACAAACACAGGAAACAGCCGUCCCAGGACGUAACAUCGACCGGCGCUGUGCCUCCGUCCAAGCGGGCCCGGAAGGCCUCCGUCAGCGACCACAAUAAUCACGGUCAUCUGUCCAACGGCAAUGCGGCGGGAGCGCUAAACAAGGAAGACCCGGGCGAGCCGUCCGAGACUACCGUGGCCAGCAGCGACAUCGAGAAUCAGAGCACCCGACCGGGCCUACAGGUCGACACGACGACACCCCCAGAGCACUUGUUGGAGCCGCCAAAACGCGGUGGGCUCCAGGAUCCCGUCGGCUAUCACACCAACCCGCCUCCAGUGGGCCGCCCGGUGCGGGUGUACGCGGACGGCGUGUUUGAUUUGUUCCACUUGGGUCACAUGCGGCAACUGGAGCAGGCGAAGAAGGCUUUCCCCGACGUAUAUCUGAUUGUGGGUGUGACGGGUGAUGAGGAGACACACAAGCGCAAGGGAUUGACGGUCUUGAGCGGCGCAGAGCGUGCAGAGUCCCUGCGGCACUGCAAAUGGGUGGACGAGGUGAUUCCCGACUGUCCCUGGAUUUUGACCCCGGAGUUCCUCGAGGAGCACAAGAUUGAUUACGUGGCACAUGACGACCUGCCGUAUGGCGCGGAUGAGGGCGACGACAUCUAUGCCCCGAUCAAGCGAGAAGGGAAGUUCCUGGUCACGCAGCGCACGGAAGGUGUCAGCACCACGGGCAUCAUCACCAGGAUUGUCCGCGACUACGACCAGUACAUCUCGCGCCAAUUCAAGCGCGGUGCCUCGCGUCAGGAACUGAAUGUGUCAUGGAUCAAGAAGAACGAGCUGGAGAUCAAGCGCCAUGUGUCGGAGCUGCGCGACAACAUCCGGUCCAACUGGACCACCACGGGCCAGGAAUUGGGUCGCGAGCUGCGCCAAUUCUGGCAGAACAGCCGCCCCGGCAGCCCGGCGCCCAGCACCCGCAACAGCGUGGACCUGGGCGGCUCGCGCAGUGGACUGACGAGCGGACUGACGAGCCCCGUGCUGGGGAACAAGUCGCAUGUGUCGCGGGUUGAGGCUCUGGGCCGUCCCGACAGCCCCAUGGGUACGGGCCGCAAUGAGCCCCCGGAUUACUUUGCCACGGGGUACAGUCUGGGUCUGAUCGGUGGAGUUCGGUCAUGGGUGAGUUCCUGAAGUCGCGAUGACAAGGAGGGUGCAGCCGCUCACAAAUCUUGGUCUAGAUGCGCAGCCGUCGCUCUUUAGUGGGCAGUCGAGCCCCGUCCCCCACCAGCGAGGAGGAACAUGAAUCAGAGGCAGAGCGCAGCAGCGGGCAACAGCUACAACAAGAACAUGAGUAUGAACAACAACAUGCA